GCCGAAUGCUAUUGGAGCAGACACGCAGCGGCAAAUGCACUGUGCCCAUCACAAUUCACAGCAUUUUGUUGAAUUUACGGCAAAAUAAAACAAGAAUUUCCUACCGCAGAUCUGUCUGCUUGCCCUGUGUUCGCUACGAAAUACAAUUUCCUAAUUCUUUUGGGCUUCAUUUACAGUGAUAGUGAUACACUGAGAGAGAGAGAGAGAGAAGAUGAAUAUAUUCAGGCUAGCCGGGGAUAUGACCCAUUUGGCUAGUGUUCUUGUUUUGCUUCUCAAGAUUCACACAAUCAAAUCUUGUGCUGGCAUUUCGCUGAAGACUCAGGAACUUUAUGCCCUUGUUUUUGCUACUCGCUAUUUAGAUCUUUUCACUGACUACAUCUCACUCUACAACACGCUGAUGAAAUUAAUUUUCUUGGGAAGCUCUUUCUCAAUUGUGUGGUAUAUUCGGCAUCACAAGAUUGUACGAAGAUCCUAUGACAAGGACCAAGACAAUUUUCGCCACUAUUUCCUUGUUCUUCCCUGCUUCCUAUUAUCCCUAGUCAUAAACGAGAAGUUUACCUUCAAAGAGGUUAUGUGGACAUUUUCGUUGUACUUGGAAGCCGUUUCUAUCCUUCCUCAGCUGGUCCUGCUUCAGAGAACGAGAAAUAUUGACAACUUGACUGGGCAAUACGUUUUUCUUCUAGGUGCAUACAGGUCGUUGUACAUUUUGAAUUGGAUUUACCGCUUCUUUACUGAACCACACUAUGUGCACUGGAUAACUUGGAUUUCAGGGCUUAUUCAGACAUUGCUUUAUGCCGAUUUCUUCUAUUAUUACUUCCAAAGCUGGAAGAAUAAUGUGAAGCUUGAACUGCCUGCAUGAGUUGGUAUGCCUAACAAUUUUGAGCAUCUUGCCAACUGGUCUUUUACUGCUUGGUUUCAAGUAUUUGUGUUCAUACAGUACAACGUGCAGUGGUAUUCUCUGCUAAAAUUCCACGGAUUUGUGGAGUGAAAUUAGUAGUAGUCUUGUAGAUGGAAGCGGCAAAAAUAUGAAGAAUGGGGUUUUGGAGCGUGUUGCCAGUUAUAGCUACAAAUGCAAUCAAUUGAUAUUUUAUUUGGUCCGGAUUGGUUAUUAUGACAAAAUUCAGGUUAGCGGAAAAGAUCUUGUGAGGCAGACUUGUCUAAUAGAUUAGUUAGAAAUGGUGUAUCACUAAUAAACUAGCUAAAACUUGUAGCAAUAUAUUUUCUAUAAUUCCUAGUUACUAUCAUCAGGGGCGGAUGUAGCAAAUAUUAUGAACGGGGGCCUAAUUAUUUAAUGAAAAAAUUUAAAAUAUUAUAACGAACAUCAAGUCUCGAUUUUUCGUUCCAAG